CCGGGUCAAAUUCUGUUUUGAAGUCGCGAGGCAAAGACAGUCAACUGUACAACUUCCUGAGUGCAGAAAAUACGAACGUCCUUCAUAUGAAAUAUAUUUGAUCGUCAUUACUUACUAGCUAGUAGUUGUAUAAUAAAAUCGUGUGUGCGAGACUGGUGUUUUGGUUUACGUAUCCUCUAGUUUUGGUAGGAACGUGCGCUGGGGUAAAGAGAAUGUUGAGGCCACGGUCACGAUCACCCCACUAUUCUCACAGAGUUAGUCCGCGCAGGCAGGAUGGUCGGAGGUUCCCCUGGGACGACCCAGACUUCAACCCCCAGCAGGUGCUGGCUGACCUGGGCAGGCUGCCUGGGGAGGAUCAGUGGGUUCGCUUCAUGGACGAGAUCCACCCAGAUGGCCCAGAGGGCCACAGAAGACCUAUGUCCCCAGGCCUCCACAAGCUUGACCACCACCUCCCCCCAGAGGAAUUCCACCAACGCAGAACCCCACCGGCAGAACCCCACGAGCUGGGCUACGCCGAGCGCAGAAGGCUCUCCCCCCAUGAUGGCAGAGAGGGUGGCAGGGGAAAAGGAAGCGGGAGCGAAGGGCUGCCCCACUCACCUCAGAGGCUACCCAGAGAGAAGCUGCCAUCACUGGCCCCGCAGCACCCUCACUACAGUCCUGACCACCACCAGAUGGUGUCCUCUGCAAGCUGGAGAAGAGAAGACCAGAGCCAGGGAAGGUCCAGGGACCGCAGCCCCAGGGAGAGGGUUCAGGGUGGGGGGGAGAGGAGGGGUGGAGAUUUUUCAGGUCCCUAUGGAGACCAGAGCAGAGAAAACAUGCAUAGAGAGAGGAGCACCAUCUCUGAUCGGAACCGGAGGGAAGCUGAUGAAGCGGUGCAUCCUGGGUACGGAAAGGAGGCAGAGUUUAGGGUGCGCCGCCCCUCGUUGGAGAGACCCCGGGAAGGGUACGGAGGAGCAGGGCCACGGGGGCGCAGGGGCCCCUCGGGGAGCCACGAUGGCCAGGGGCCUGGAACCCUCAUCGUGGAGCAUGACCAUGGUAUUAUAAACAGCAGAGGGCCAGAACUCUACAACAACCAGAGGGGCCGUGGCCCCGACCAGAGCCCAAGCCACGACCGAUUCAGUCAUCGUCACCAUCGGGCCAGAGCCACUGAGGAGCGGUUCAGGAAAUCGGGUAGCAGGUCCAAUACCAGAGAAGAGGCCAGGGGUCGGCUUGUCCAUGAGGAGAGGAGAGGGCCUGUCCAUGAGGAGAGGAGAGGGCCUGUCCAGGAGGCGAGGAGAGGGCCUGUCCAUGAGGAGAGGAGAGGGCCUGUCCAGGAGGAGAGGAGAGGGCCUGUCCAGGAGGCGAGGAGAGGGCCUGUCCAGGAGGCGAGGAGAGGGCCUGUCCAUGAGGAGAGGAGAGGGCCUGUCCAUGAGGAGAGGAGAGGGCCUGUCCAUGAGGAGAGGAGAGGGCCUGUCCAUGAGGAGAGGAGAGGGCCUGUCCAUGAGGAGAGGAGAGGGCCUGUCCAUGAGGAGAGGAGAGGGCCUGUCCAUGAGGAGAGGAGAGGGCCUGUCCAUGAGGCGAGGAGAGGGCCUGUCCAUGAGGCGAGGAGAGGGCCUGUCCAGGAGGAGAGGAGAGGGCCUGUCCAGGAGGAGAGGAGAGGGCCUGUCCAGGAGGAGAGGAGAGGGCCUGUCCAGGAGGAGAGGAGAGGGCCUGUCCAGGAGGAGAGGAGAGGGCCUGUCCAGGAGGCGAGGAGAGGGCCUGUCCAGGAGGCGAGGAGAGGGCCUGUCCAGGAGGCGAGGAGAGGGCCUGUCCAGGAGGCGAGGAGAGGGCCUGUCCAGGAGGCGAGGAGAGGGCCUGUCCAGGAGGCGAGGAGAGGGCCUGUCCAGGAGGCGAGGAGAGGGCCUAUACAUGAGUCCAGAAGAAGCCCUGAUCGUCAUGGGAGAGCCAGCCCGAUGGGCUUCCAAGAUAGAGGUAGUCCCACAGAGCCCAGGGCCAGAAACAGUGCAUUCCGUGGGGCGAGGGGGGCCCCAGCCCAGGGUGGCAAGAGACAGAUGGGCCCCUCCAUGAACCAGCCCCGGCCUCUCCUUCAGGGAAUGCAGGGGAACCAACCCCGGGAUGCCAACCCCCAGCAUUCCCCUCCGGAGCACCAGGAGUACCAACCCAGGGGAGGCAUCUGGGACAUGGAGCUCAGAGAGGAGGCACCCGGUUGGGCAGAGGUGAGCGACAUGGAGCCCCGCUGGGAGAAGGACCGGGGACCAGGGCCGCGAGGAGGCCGGCCGCCAGCACAGGGCAGGAUGGAUCCUAGGAAACCUCAGCAUAGAGAUCUCAACCCCAACUGGAACCAACAGCAGAACGAUAUGGCAAUGCCUCGCAUGGGCGCCGGCGAGAAAGAGACGCUCACCAUCAAGGUGGACAUGAACCGGCCUGUGGGCCAGAACAGCCAGCUGUGCUACUCCUCAGACCGUCAGCUGUCGCUGGAUCUGGUCAACGUGGGCCGCCAGCGCCUAGACUUCCUGCCCAUGCUAGAGCAUUCUGGGACUUACCUGGAGUCCGCAAUGCACUCUGGGACUUUCGCCCAGGAGAUCAUCACCCUGGUGCACCAGGUCAAAGAGCAUUACUUUAGGGGUGAUGGUGUGAUGCUGAACGAGCGUUUCUCUGGCCCCCAAGAUGGAGGUCUGCCUGAGGAGGAGCAGGAGGAAGAAGGACCAACUCUGAACAGGCUGUUCAACAUGAGUAUGUCAGAACCUGAUAUGGAACCUGUCUUCUCUAAAGUUGGCCGCAUGCAGAGGCAGCAGCAGGCAGUGAGAGAUCCCGGAGACCUGAGACAUGACCUGGAGAGGAGGAGACAGGAGAGGCUGGAGGGAGUGAAGGUCACCAUACCUGGAGGCAGGCUCUCACAGCACCCCCUGGUUGCCGGGAGUGACCAUCAGGGGGGGUAUGGUAGAGAGGAAGACGAGGAACAGGAGGGCUUUCCAGGCUCGUCAGGCCCACCACGGAGAGGGAGGAGGUGGCCUGGAGACAUGGGGGGUCAGAGGAGAGGGGGCAUGAUUAGACAAGACAUGGGAGACCAGCAAAGGAACAACUGGCCUCCUAAUAGCCCUUGCAACCGGCCUGGACCAACGAGACAACAGAACCACAAUAUUAACGGUGCCAACUGGUGAAUGGAAUCUUGGAGCAAUCCAAAUGAAGUCAGUGGUUAUGUGAGGUCAGCCCGGAGGUUAACUGUUGAUAGGCUGUAUAUAUUAUAGAUCACACUGCUGCAGACUGACCACAGCCUGAACCACGACCACCUGACCUACUGACACUCUGUACCACGCUGUCAAUGUAAAGCCCAUGCAAUGUAGCUGCUCUCCUGACAGAGAGAGUAAUGUGCUGGGGAAGUAAGAUGGCCAACUGAUAUUUAAAGAUGCACUAUGCAUAAAUCGCUCCACCAUAUCCUGGUUGCAAAAUUUCAAAAGGUUUGCCUAAUUUCAGUUUGUUACAAAACGAGCAGGUAUAGUGUAGAGCAGGGGUAGGUAACCGUGCUCCUGGAGCCUCGCUGGUACUGCAGGAUUUUGUUUCGUCUAGGCACCACACCUGACCAACUGACAGGGCCGGCGGCAGAACUAAUCAGUUGGACCGGCCUUUGAUAUCCAUAGGCGGGCAUGUUUUUUCCCGGGACCACCUAUGUGUGCACCCGCUUGCAUGUUCAAAUUGUAAUAGUAAAGACCAUAGGCAGCUGGUGAGUUUCAAGUUUGUGGAUGCUUCCAAUUUACCCUAGCAUUUCUACCGUUCUUAGUGCCAGUUAUGCUAAUUUUUUUAUAUGCACAUUUUUGUGCAACAGUUUCAUUUCAAUAAUAAGAUUUUAUAUUCUCAAUCAUUGUCAUGUGGUUAAUCAUAAAAAUCUGAAAUAAAAUGAUAAAAAUGUCAAAGUUAAAAUUCAACUGAGGUGAGAGCAACAGCCUCUGCCAAAUGAACACAUUGAUACACUGUGAUCCAUUGGCGGCUAAAUGAGCUCAUAGAACUCCGAGAUAGCCUAUAGGCCAAUGUAGCAGUAGGCCUAUCCAUCUCAACUAAGUAAAGCUGACAAAUAAAAACAGUAGAAAAUAACCUGAUAAAUUCUGGUUCUUUCAAUCAUCUCUCUUCUCCACCUGUCUGCCUCCCUUUCUAUCUGUCUUGACUUGAGCUAAGUGCAACAUUGUAUUGUCUAGCCUAUUCCGGGCCCUCAGAGUUUCCCACACCAGUGAGCUCUAGACAGACCCAUCAGAUCAUGAUAUUUUGCUCUUUCACACCGAGGCGUGGUGAUUAUCGAGGCCGGGAGUGUUGGAAAGAUUUUUCUAAUACUUAGGAACUAUCAUUCGCAAUGGAUGUUAAAAAAACAGACUUCGUUGGCUUGUCUGAGGCAAAUAAAAAAUGAUUGAGAAACUGCUUAUUAGUGGUUGACGUGGUGAGUUAAGACAAUCAGUAAUCCAACAUUGCCAAAUGAGCACGUUCCUACAUAUGCAUGUAUUCUGGAGAGAUCCAUAUCUUCACCACACAACCCCUCCCCAUUUUGAUGCAACAUUUUAAAUUAUACUCAAAACACAUUAACUUCACACAUAUUUUAGAUGCUUUUCACUGACCAUGCAACUCAAUCAGCUAGACACAUUCCCACGUGUGCCCAAAUUGUGGGCAUCCCAAAUAGGCAUAGGCCUACACACUUGUGAUUUGAAACAAUCCACAGCUAUUUAAAAUAAAAAACAAUAAGCUAAUGAUCGUCUAUGGAUAAGGCAUGUACCUGGUGAAGUAUUUUGAAUGUUUUUAUUUGGACAGGAGUAAUUGUAUAUAUAUAUAUUAUUUCUUUAAACUUUUAGCGCAGUCCAGCAUCCUAGCAGUGCUCCCCUACUUUAUUUUCCAAUUCGCAAGAAGCUAAAACCAGAGAUCUGUAUGUAAUGACGAGAUGCUAAUUUCUCUGCCCUAACAAUGGGAGUCUUUGUCCUAAAGGCGGGAAGGCAGGCGACAAGCUUAGGUCUGCAUAUUAUUCCCAUAGAAACGCAUUGGGCUUGUACUGGACAUAUUCUGGCAAGAGUGAGCCCUCUUGCUUUGCCUCGCCUCUUGCUCUGCUGAAACUAUAUCACCGGAGAAAGCAUCUGAUCGAGCGAAACAGGGCCCUCUAUAUGUGCCCAUGUAUCUGACGCUGUCGUACAGAAAUAUUUCGACAUGCCAUACUCUUGGUCCAGACAGCAUCAGAUACAUGGUUUACACAUACUGAGACAGAGGGACGCUGUUUUGCUCCUGCCCAUGCUUUAACUGAGACCGAUGAGUCUUUCUGUCGGCACGUGUUCUCGGUCACAUAAAUGCUCAGUAUUUCAAUAUUUCAUUUGGACGCCGGCCCUGCCAACUGAGCUAAUUGAUCAGUUCAAUAUUUGCCUAAAUUCAAUACACCUGAUGUUCCAGUUUGGUUCAAUCAAAAACAUGAAGGGCUAGCAGCACUUAGUGAAAUACCUUUUACAUAACCAAAAAUAUUGUAUUUUCAGUCGUUUGAAGCGUGUGUACAAAACCGAAAGUAAAAGACGCAAAAAUGAAACGUAAGAACGGGAAGCAUAGAAAUAGUGCACAUAGAACAUACAGUUUAAGUCGGAAGUUUGCAUAAACCUUAGCCAAAUAUAUUUAAUAUCAGUUUCACAAUUCCUGACAUUUAAUCCGAAUAAAAAUUCCCUGUCUUAGGUCAGUUAGGAUCACCACUUUAUUUUAAGAAUGUGAAAUGUCAGAAUAAUAGUAGAGUGAUUUAUUUCAGCUUUUAUUUAUUUCAUCACAUUCCCAGUGGGUCAGAAGUUUACAUACACUCAAUUAGUGUUUGGUAGCAUUGCCUUUAAAUUGUUUAACUUGGGUCAAAUGUUUUGGGUAGCCUUCCACAAGCUUUCCACAAUAACUUGGGUGAAUUUUGUCCCAUUCCUCCUGACAGAGCUGGUUUAACUGAGUCAAGUUUGUAGGCCUCCUUGCUCGCACACACUUUUUCAGUUCUUCCCAUAAAUCUUCUAUAUGAUUGAGGUCAGGGCUUUGUGAUGGCCACUCCAAUAGCUUGACUUUGUUGUCCUUAAGCCAUUUUGUCACAACUUUGGAAGUAUGCUUGGGGUCAUUGUCCAUUUGGAAGACCCAUUUGCGACCAAGCUUUAACUUCCUGGCUGAUGUUGCUUCAAUAGAUCCACAUAAUUCUCCUUUCUCAUGAUGCCAUCCAUCUAUUUUGUGAAGUGCACCAGUCCCUCCUGCAGCAAAGCACCCCCACAACAUGAUGCUGCCACCCCCGUGCUUCACGUUUGGGAUGGUGUUCUUCGGCUUGCAAGCCUCCCUCUUUUUCCUCCAAACAUAACGAUGGUCAUAAUGGCCAAACAGUUCUGUUUUUGUUUCAUCAGACCAGAGGACAUUUCUCCAAAAAGUACAAUCUUUGUCCCCGUGUGCAGUUGCAAAUUGCAGUCUGGCUUUUUUAUGGCGGUUUUGGAGCAGUGGCUUCUUCCUUGCUGAGCGGCCUUUCAGGUUAUAUCGAUAUAGGACUGGUUUUACUGUGGAUAUAGAUACUUUUGUACCUGUUUCCUCCAGCAUCUUCACAAGGUCCUUUGCUGUUGUUCUGGGAUUGAUUUGCACUUUUCGCACCAAAGUACGUUCAUCUCUAGGAGACAGAACGCGUCUCCUUCCUGAGCAGUAUGAUGGCUACGUGGUCCCAUGGUGUUUAUACUUAAGUACUAUUGUUUGUACAGAUGAACGUGGUAGCUUCGGGUGUUUGGAAAUUGCUCCCGAGGAUGAAUCAGACUUGUGGAGGUCUACAAUUUGUUUUCUGAGGUCUUGGCUGAUUUCUUUUGUUUUUCCUAUGAUGUCAAGCAAAGGGGCACUGAGUUUGAAGGUAGGCCUUGAAAUACAUCCACAGGUACACCUCCAAUUGACUCAGGCUAAUUGACAUCAUUUAUCAGAAUCUUCUAAAGCCAAGACAUUUUCAGGAAUAUUCCAAGCUGUUUAAAGGCACAGUCAAUUUAGAAUGUGUAAACUUCUGACCCAGUGGAAUUGUGAUACAGUGAAAUAAUCUGUCUGUAAACAAUUGUUGGGAAAAUAACUUCUGUCAUGCACAAAGUGGAUGUCCUAACCGACUUGCCAAAACUAUAGUUUGUUAACAAGAAAUUUGUGGAGUGGUUGAAAAACGAGUUUUAAUGACUCUAACCUAAGUGUAUGUAAACUUCUGACUUCAACUGUAUAUACCGCUUCUUAGACUUGCUUUUAAUGAGAAUGACAGAUCUAUUAACACAUUUCUAUGUAAAUUUGGUCCGUUGGCCAAAAAGUUACAUAUUGCAGCUUUCAUUUAGGGGAAGUGACUUCAUAAUGCGAGCAUCCUGUUAGUGAGGAGCCACCUAAUUCAUUUAUCUGCGAUCGUAUUUGUUUAUGUUGAUGGUUUGUUUGACCAGUGUACCAUAGUUGAUGUUGUUGACCUGUCUCUACUGUAUCCUGUGUUGCCAGACCAUGUUAUUGUUUCUGAUCUGUCUAGGUUUGAUACACUCCACAUGAGGAAAGGCCCUACUAAUCUAUUGAUGUCAUUACUGUAAAUAUCAAAUAAAAGAGAUUACUCCUCAUA